AUGUCUCGACGAGAAACUAUCCGUAUCGCGGACGAAGAACUGCUUGCAUCGUUGGGGUACAAGCAGGAAUUCAAACGCGCCUUCACACCCUUAGAGGUGUUUGGUAUCGCAUUUUCGAUUAUUGGUUUGCUGCCGUCUAUCGCGUCCGUUCUGUUCUACUCGCUUCCCGGGGGUGGCGCUUCUAUGGUCUGGGGAUGGGCUGUUGCAAGCAUAUUCAUCCUGUUUGUGGGGAUGGCUAUGGCAGAACUCGCGUCUGCCGCGCCAACCUCUGGUGGGCUAUACUUCUGGACCUACUCUUUGUCGUCUCCUCGAUGGCGGAAUCUGCUCUGCUGGAUUGUGGGGUAUGCCAAUACCGUUGGUUCCAUUACCUCUGUCGCGUCGAUUGAUUGGGCUGCCGCCGUCCAAGUUAUGGCUGCAGCGUCCAUCGGUUCAGAUGGGAACUUCUCAGCCACUUCCGCUCAAACAUAUGGGGUCUAUGUCGCUAUCGUUGCAUCACACGCAAUGGUCUGUUGUCUUGGAACAACGGUUCUCGCGCGGUUACAGACUGUCUAUGUCAUACUCAACGUCGUUCUAUGCAUCGUCGUCAUUGUUGCGCUUCCUGCGGCCACACCUGCCGAGUUCAAAAAUACGGCUUCUUUUGCAUUGGGUGGUUUGAGCAAUUUGAACGGCUGGCCGCAGAGUUAUACGUUCAUCCUCAGUUUUCUCGCUCCUCUUUGGACAAUCUGUUCGUUUGAUUCCUCGGUUCAUAUCAGCGAGGAGGCAUCUAAUGCAGCAACCGCUGUACCAUGGGCAAUUGUCUGGGCUAUCGGAAUCGCGGGUCUUUUAGGAUGGGCGAUCAAUAUUUCCCUUGCUUUUUGCAUGGGUACAGACCUGGCGGCACUUUAUGACAGCCCCCAGCCAAUGGCCACCAUCUUUUUCAAUAGUUUUGGGAAGCGAGCAACUUUGGCACUGUGGGCUGUCGUGGUAAUCGUGCAAUACAUGAUGGGCUCUUCAAUGUUACUUGCGGCGAGCCGACAAACAUAUGCAUUCAGCAGAGAUGGUGCUCUUCCCUUCUCUGGUUGGCUAUAUCGUAUGAACGAAUUCACCGGCACCCCUGUCAACACCGUCCUCUUCGAUGCAUUCUUCUCCAUCCUCGUGGGCAUCCUCGUAUUCGCUGGCCCCCAAGCGAUCAAUGCAGUGUUCGCCAUAUCUGUCAUCGCAUUGUAUGUCGCCUAUGCCAUACCCAUUGUCGCACGUUUUGCAGGGCGAAAGCACAACCAGUUCAAACCUGGGCCCUUUUCGCUGGGCAUCUUUAGUCUACCUGUUGCAGCUAUUGCUGUUCUGUUCAUGCUCUUCUUGGGGAUAGUCUUUCUAUUUCCUACAACACCGCAGACGGACGUGCAGGACAUGAACUACAGCAUUGUCGUGCUUGGUGGGGUGAUGAUCCUAUCAUUGUUGUGGUACUAUGCGCCAGUUGUGGGUGGUGUCCACUGGUUCAAGGGACCGGUCGCAACUAUCGAGGCGGCCAUGAAGGAGCGUGAUCAGGACUCGGAGAGAACUGGAAUAAAAGUUUGA